AUGGGUUGGUUCUGGGGAGGGAAAUCCAGUCAAGAUGAUCCCACCAAAUCACUGGACGACGAUUUGAAGCAAUUUCUCAAGGACCAGCAGCCCCGACCAUAUGUGCCAGCAGAGGUCCCUAAACCUCCCGAGCAGCCUGAUACGAAGCCCACGAAGCCGCUACCCGACACCAAUCAAUCCUUCGAGGACAGGCCUCUACCCAAGGAAUCGUUGUUUCCGGAUGGGCGGUAUAGAGACAUCUGGAAGACCUAUGUUCCCCAGAAUGAAAUCGCGGCAGCAACGACCACUCCGGUCGAGCGUGUGCUGGCCGCUCGGAAAGACAGAAGCCGGUCAAUCCACAAAGCUGCACUAGAGAACUGCGCAUUUGAGGAGGAACUCCAACAAGAUUGCUUCAAAACCGGGGCGUGGUCCAAGAAGAUCAAAGGACGAAUGACCAUGUGCCACGAAGAGACCAAGGCAUUCAACCGAUGCUAUGCGCUUCAGGCAAAGUUUCUACAGGCUCUUGGCUACAUGACAAGCUCAACAAGUUCCGAUGAGGAUGAAGAAAAAAUACAAAUGCAUGCGGACAAACUAUAUCACCGCAUGAUGGACUACGAGGCGGAAGUGGAUGAUGCAACGAGGAACGGUCGACCUAUUCCACCACUUACGUCCCUAUUCAGCCCCAACCGCCCGGCUCCGACUCUGGAGCAGAUAUCCUUGCCAAAACCAAUGGAAGAGAAGCUGAAAAAGCCCCUCCACGAGUAUCCUCCCCAUGAGCGGGAGUUGGUUGCCAGAGCUGCUCUGCAGGAGGCCAAGUUGACCGACCUUUAUGCUGAAGAUCUGUUCAACUACACUGUUACAAUGAAUGAAGACCGAAAAAGGCGACAGGCGUGGCUGUCCAAAACCUUUGGAGAAGCCGUUGGAAAGUUUUUGAUUCCAGAUCCCCCCAAGGACCCGGAUAUUAAACCUUACAGCGUUCAAGAGCUUGAACGUGAUAUAUGGCGGGAAGAUACGCAGAGUCAUACGCAGGACAAGAAUGGAACAUCUUCAGGACAAGGGCCACUCUUCUGA